AUCUAAUCAACUACGCUAAAGACCCUGUAAUUUAUAAUAGUAAACAAAAAUUAACUAACAACACACAUAGAUGGGUCUCGCCUGUUUCCAACGGUAUUUAGUCGUGAGCUGCAACUGCAACGUAGUGGGUCGAUUUUACUUACGUGUUUUGCAAUAUUGUUCUGUAAAUAAAAUUGAAGAAAAAUUUUUAAUUAAUUAUUGUACAAAUUCUAUAUUCAAAAUGAAUAAAACUGCACUCAAUACUGAUGAACUACUUUUUGAAGAAAAGUCUUUAUAUGUUCCAGAAUUAAACGAAAUUAAAGAUGUUAUUCAAGGUGCGCUCUUGAAAAACUUUGAAUGCGUUAAUGUGGAGGUAACAGAAUGUCCGAAUUUAACUGCACCGCAAUAUGGUUUAAUGGAUUCAGGCUUGGGUGGUUCUCCACUUUUGUUGGAACUCGGCGGUCCACCAUAUCUUUUACCAACUGUACAACGUUCGAAACUUUACGAUAUCAAAGAAAUCUCUCAGAAAUGCUUGCCAGAUGCAAAAAAAAUUUUAGCGAUGGGUGCUGGUGCUGGACCUCAUCCAUUACGUAAUUCAAAUUGUGAGGGUAUUUUCAACUUAAGUGUAGCUGCUGAUGGCACUGUAAAAAAUGGUAGUUACACUGCAAAAGUGAGUGGUCCUAAGGAGGAAUGUGUACUCGAACGAAUUCCAAAUGAUGAACACCGAUGUGCACUUCUACUAAAUUUGUUUGUAUGCCGAGGAGAGUGCGGAAAAGUGAUCAAAAUUAACUGUAAGAAACGUUGUGGUAGUUUGAAUUUCAUUGAAUCCAUACGCUUGGGUCUUGAAAAUAAGUAUAAGGAAAAAUGUGUCGGUAUGGGUGGCAUAUUCUUGAUAAAGAAAGGCAAUGUUCAUCAACACGUUAUGCGCGAUUUUAGUAAAACUCCAUUAAACUCUGAAGAGGAAUUAAAUAAUUGGCUCAAAUUCUACAAUAUGCCAGCGCAGUUAAAUGCUGUGGGAACACUCAUAACACAUGAAAAUGAUUUGGAUCUGAGAUUACAGCACUUCCAUUCAUUUUCAAAUUCAAAUUGGGGUGGUCACUACCAUUACGACACUACUCCUGAUAUUGUUGAGUAUGAGGCUUAUCUUAAUGUCGCUGAGCGUGUGGUGCGUGUGGAUAAACCAGUUGAUACUCAUAAAUUUGGAAGAGAUUAAAAGGUUUGGUAUACGAUUUUAUUUUUGGAAAUAAUAAACAUUUAUAAAUUUUGACGAAUU